AUGGCAAGAUACCGCCACCACUCAGGAUAUCUGGCUGACGAUGAAGGUCACAGCACCUACAUGGCUCAGCUACCCAAGAAGCAUCUGUUGCCAGAAAGGAGGCCGAACUGCAAGCUUGGACGUAUGCCACACCUACCAUCAAUGAACCGGUAUUCAGAGCACCAGGGCCACCAGCAGAACCCUCGGCGCCCUCAAGCGUUUGGCAGCUUCCUGGAUUUUCUGACAGAGGGUCAGGUACUGGACAGCUUGCAGACGGUGGUGGAGCAGGCAACAGAGCGUUUGGCUGCCAUGAAGACAGAGGCCGGAGUACCACUGGUGGACGUUCAAGACCCAGUGGAGGUGCCAAGUGGUAGGCUGCGGGCUCGAGCCAGACCCAGCAUCAACACUGUGCAUCGGCACCGCGCUUGGCCCACGCUGUGUGCUGGCCACCCAAACAAUUACCCAUCCUGCUCCAGCUCCAUGUCGGAUUCCCAUAGCAGCAUCACGGCUGGCUGGCUGGGCUCCCACAGCCAGGAAAGUGACCCUGGUCCCCGACGCAUAGGCUCACUGCCACCUGUGAGGGACAAACUCCUGCUUGAGAAAAACCUCAAGAGGCUACUGCGACUGGAGAACAAAGGGAAAGGUCUGAAUCAACCCUGCUCCCAGAGGGAUUCUUUGCUGUGGGACUCACUGGGCAGCCAGACCAGCAGUCAGUGGACCCGGGAGCAGCCCCUGUCUUGGUUCUCUGGGCUUUUGGGCUCCAGCUCAGUCACCCCUGAGACAUCAGAGUUGGGACUUGGAGAACAGGAGAUGAUUUUCCUCAAAGAAGAGUUAAACAAGGAGAUGAAGUCACUGCUAAACCAGCCAGCAUCCUUCAACCUGCCUGCCUAUUGUUCCCUCAGGGAACCCCAUUGUACUCUGGACUUCCUGGCUGAGCAUCACCUCUUUCCUGCCCUGCAGCGCGUGGUCAGCCAGGCUGUAGACAAGCUCAGCCGUGCCUGCCGCCAUGAUGGCUUCCCUCUCUUCCCUGUUGCCUCAGAGCCCACCCCAAUGCUGCCUGGGAACUCUGAUCUUCUGCCGCCUAACUCCAAAGCAUCCAUUCCCACCAGCAGGGAGGAUGGGGAGGAGCCUUGUGAUUCUCCCACCACAGCCUCCAGCCCUAAGACAUCUCGCAGGAAAAGCAAGGGCAGACGUGAAUCCCCCUCCAUGUCUAAUGCCCAGAUGGCCACCAGAUUCAGGCUCAAGAGCCCCAGCACGAAGCUUCCAAGGAAGAAGCCUCUGCCGUCCAUCUCCUCUGUGUCCAGCAUGUCCUACAUCUCUAACCCCUGGUUUGAGGAACUCACUAACUUCUUGGUUGAGCAGGCAGUCUCCUUGCUUGUCUGCAAGUACAAGUUUGAGGACAGCCUCCAUAAGCAACUUGGCUUCAUCUCCUUUCCUGUCACUGAGGUUCUCAUGGACAUCCUUCUGGGCUUCAAGAAGGUGAAGGGCAACCACAUCCGUCUGUCCUCAGACAUCAACUGGACCUGCCUUCUGCGUAAGAUGGAAGAAGCCGAGUUGGCGAGACAGGCCAUAAGGCACGCCGCUAGGCCAGCAGCCUCCCAACAUAGUACCUCCCGUGUUGGCACUUCCCACCGUAGCACAGAAUCACCCUCUGUGCGCCCCGAACUUACUGGUGACACCAACCAGGACCAGAGUACAGAGUCUCCCUUCUCCCUCCAUCCUGAGACGCCAAUCCACCAGGUUCCUAGCCCUCAGGACCCUGGUAUAGGCCAGGAGCAGAUGCCCAGGAGUCCUUCAGAGCCCAAGCUGUCUGUGAUCUCCAAUGCUGGUGUGGGCUCCAGAUCCUCCAAGGAAAUAGUAAAUGCCGAAGAGGAAGAGGACAGUGAAGAGGAGGAGGAGGAGGACGACAGAGGAAGUGAGGAAGAUGAAAUCAAAGAUUUCUCCGAGAGUGAGCGAACCCCCACUAGCCUGCCUGAACAUGAGUUGGAGGACUUUACCAAUGAGCCCAUUGAAAUGAGCUCCUGUUACUCCCCAUGA